CAACGUUUCUCUGUGACGAUGUAUUGAGUGUUAAAAAAGUGAUUUUCGGGGCGUUUUCCUCAACGUUCAUAAAGCGAUACGAUAUUUAGUGAGUGAGCGGGAACGAGACCGACAUAAACGAAGAAGAAGAUAGCAAGAGAAACCUUCCGAACCCCGAGAACUGAGAACCUCGCACGCCGUCCGUGUUUCUACUCUCUAUACCCAGAAAAUACAUAAGGGGGGAACUCGGUAUAUAAAAGACCCAGGUACAUAAACUCGCCGACGACCUUAUAUACUUAUUUACCCAACUCCAACGGCACCGUGCUGCUGGUUGCUUCGCUUUUCAUUUCAGUCUACCUACGGCAUUCGCACGACGCACAUCUCUCGAAACACCGGAAAAAAAAUAAACUUUUUUUUUGUUUAACCAGCGUUAAAAUCGAAAUUAAUCGCGAAACGAAUUAACGCGGCGAGGUUAUGUUUCGAACGAAACACGUCGCGUUAAGUAAAAGUGAAAUUUAGUUGAGUUUCUAUUAAAAUAUCACAAGAAGAAGUGUAUUGUUGUGUAUUAUGUGUGAAAUGUCGUGAGUUUGAGGUUAUGUGUGUUAGAAAUAGGGGGCGAGCGCCAACAACGGCGUGAAGUUGGCUUAGAAAAUAAUUAAAAAAAUAUUAGAAACAAGUGAAUAAAAGUGGUGUUGUCAAAAGAAUUGGUCGAAAUAAGUGGUUGUUGUUGAUGGUUUUUUCGCGAGUUUUCAAAGGGAUUAAAUGGAUUCGACGGGUGUUUUCGUGUGAAUAACGAUUAAAGGGUUCUUUUUUUCGUUAAAAAGAAAGGAAAGGCGAAAAGGUGUUGAAGAUGAUGGAUCCGCUGCCGAAUGUGAAACAGGAUAAGAUUAAAUUGGUCGAAAUCAACGAGUACAUCACUUGUAAACUCUGCCAGGGGUAUUUUAUCGAUGCUACGACGAUUUCGGAGUGUUUGCAUUCCUUUUGUCGAAGCUGCAUUAUUCAGUUUCUUCAAGAAAAUAGUCAUUGUCCGGUAUGCGAGAUGAUUAUUAAUAAGGCUAAACCUAAUAUCAAGUUGGAUAAAACGCUUCAAGAUAUCGUUUACAAACUGGUACCGGAAUUGUUUAUUAACGAAAUGGCGCGCAGACAAUGGUUUUACAUGUCUCGACCGGAAGAGAAGGCGAAAACGACGCCGGAAGAGCGUGGCGUGGACACCGAAAGGACGAUAUUCAACCUACGUGACGCAAUAAGUCUUUCCAUAGAAUAUAUAAGUGAUGACUCAACCCCAGGAGCAAUAAACGUACCGGAAACCAAAUACAAUCCGUCUCAACCCCAAGAAAGCCAAAUGAAACGGUUUUUAAAAUGUCCAGGUAACUGCAGGAUCGAAAUUUUAAAGAAAUUCGUCCAAAACAAGUACAGCGUCGAUGUUGGAUCAUUUCAUAUCGAGAUUUUAUAUAAACGAGUUCCACUGCCAAAUCAUUACACUCUCAUCGAUAUCGCCUACAUUUACUCAUGGAAAAGGAAUGAGCCGAUGAAAUUUUUCUUUCGCAUUCUCGAUAAGGUUUUAAUCGAGAAGGCCACGAAUUGUAUUUAUUCCGAGCAUAUUUUUGUAAAACCGCCGAAAAGUCGGAAAAAACUUGGUAUUUUAAACGAGUCGGAUCAAAACGACGCCAAUCGCGUUCGAAAUGGCAAAAACGUUUCGGAAUCGACCAACAACGAUCGAAAAAACGACGAAAAUUUUUAUCAAAAAAUGUGUAAAAAGAGCUUAACUUUAAUUAAACUACCUCAAAAUACUAAUGAUGAUAAAAAUAAGGAACAAAAUUUGAUUUGUUUCGAUGAUAUCUCGAAAAUUGUUGAAACAACGCUAAAAAUCGGCGAAGAUGCUUUGAAAUUCGACAAAAAUUCGAUCAAAACCAAUUCGGUUAAGGUGAAAAAGGAAAAAGAUAAAGUUAAGAGUCAAAAAUUCAAAAACUUUGAGGUCGAGGAAAACUUUUUUGUCAAAACGAUAAAGAACGAGGAGAAUAAAUUGAUUUUCGAUCAAAUUGAUGACGUGGAGAGUCUAAAACUAGUCAAGAAUGAUAAAAAAAAGGAAAUAAAUGUCAAAAUUGAGCACGAUUCGAAAAUUAUCAAAGAAACCAAAGAGAUUAAUCUUGAUGAAUUAAAAGCGAAGGUUAAAAAUGAGGUUGAGGAGGAAAAUAAAGACCAUAAUGAGAUAAAAUUGAAUCAGAGUGAGUUAAAAUUUGAUUUGGGCGAGUCAAAAUUGAUUCAGGAUGAGUCAAAAUUGAUUCAGGGUGAGUUAAAAUCGAUUCAGAGUGAGUUAAAAGUUGAUCAAAAUGAGUUAAAGAUUCAAAGUGAGUCAAAAAUUGAUCAAGGUGAGUUAAAAGUGGUCCAAGAUGAGUUAAAAUUGAUUCAAAAUGAGUCUAAAGUUGACCAAAAUGAAUCAAAAGUGGACCAAAGUGUGGCAGAAAAGAUUCCAAGUGAAGCAGAAAUGAUUCAAAAUGAGACAGAAAUGAUCAAAAAUCAAAGUGAUCAAAAAGGGACACAAAAUGAGUCAAAGGGAGACGAAAAGGUGUCAAAAGUGUUUCAAAAAGAGUCAAAAUUGCUUCAAAGUGAGUCAAAAAUGUGUCAAAAUGAGUCUAAAGUGAUUCAAAAUGAGUCUAAAGUGAUUCAAAAUGAAUCUAAAUUGAUUGAGGAUGUGUCAAAAAUGUGUCAAAAUGACUCAAAGUUGAUAAAAAUGGAUAAAGAUGAGAUUAAAAUGAGUCAAAAUGAUGUCAAAAAUAAAUUAAAGAUUGAAAGUGAGGUAAAAAUGGAAUCAAAUGAUGUAAAAAUUGAUCAUUAUGAUUUUGAGAUAGAAGAGAUGCGUGAAAAAAAUGAUUUGGGUUGUUAUAAAUCAAAAAAAAGUAAAAUUGAUGAAAAAUGUGAAUUUUUUAAAUCGAUUGAGUUGAAACAAAUCGUUGAUUUGGUGAAAAAGAUUGAUGAGAAGAUGUUAAAAAGUGAGGAGGAGUGUCAAAGUGGUUUAAAGCCAGUUCAAAAACGUAAAAAUCCUAGUCCAUUAAAAAACGAAGCUGGUUUAUCGUUAAAAAGGGUAAAAAGAAAAACACCGCCUCAAAAAAUCGUAUUAAAUUCCCCAAAAAAAGCCAACGAUGACUUAAAAGAGAUCUUUUCUCAUUGCAAAUUUAACAUUCCGAGUUCUUUAUCGAUUACGUUAAAAGAAACAUCGUUGGAAGACGAGGGAAGGAAUUUAAAGUUAGAACCCGUCAAGAAUUUUAUUGAAAUUCUAAAAAUCCCCGAUCAAAAAGAAAAAAAUGAGUUAAAAUCGAAAUCGGCCCCAAAUUUGUGCUCAAAACCGAUUUUUCAAUCAACCCCAAUAAAACGAGCAUCAACCGACUUAGUAAAUCCGUUUUCAAAAAAGGGGCGAUUUGAUUUCGAGAAAUUCCAAAAUUCAACGAAUUUAAUAAAAUUCGAACAAAACGUAGCAAAAUUACACUCUCCAAGUUUAAAUUUGAAUUACACCGUAUCGGUGAAUCAAAAUGUAAUGAGACAUUUCGGAAAAUUAGAUCCGAAAUUUGAAAGUUUUAAACAUAAAAAAGAAAAAAAGAUUAAAAAUGAAUCAAAUGAAAUCGUUGUAAAAGAAGAAAAAAAUGAAAUCGUUCAAAUUUCACGUCACAAAAUCGAAUUGGUUAAAAAGAAUUCGAAAAGUCCUUCAUCGCCGCCUCAAUCGAUUAAAAAACCUCAACAAAUGGUGCCAAUUUUGCCGAAACCUUCGAUUUUAGAUCAAAAUUUAGUGACUAAUUUAACGACGAACCAAUUGAUGGAGAAAUAUAAUAUACAAAAUUUGGCUCAAUUAACGGCCAGUUUGCAUUUUAAUCCGAUGUUGAAUGUUAAUCCGUCACCGGUGGUGUUACAACAGGCGAUUUUGAAACAAUUCGAGAUGCAAAAUCGUCAAAAUUGGCAAUUGGGCCAAUUUCAAACGAACAAUAAGUACCUGUCCGCUACUAAUUUGAAUACGAAUCGUAUCGUUACGAAAGAAAAUUAAAAAAAAUUUGUUCUUAUUAAUUAUUAUUAAUUAUUAUUAUUAUUAUUGAAAAGAUCAAAAGGAUUACUGAUUAAGUAAUUAUUAAGUAUUCUUUUUUUGUGUAAUUUAUUAUCGAUUCCCUCCCUUAAUUAUUUUUGUUUACUCCUACUUCGUUUUUUUUUUUUUGUUUUGUUUUUAAUUGAGUUAAAAAAAAACGAAAAAGGACAAAAGAAAAGAUAUGAAAUGAAAUCAAGUGUAUAAAGCGGUAUAGUUAGACGUAAGGGAACAAUGUGUACAAUAUUUUUCCUAAGUUUUUCAAUAAAAAUUGAAAUCACGUUCGAA